AUGGCAGCUGAGGGCGGUGCCUUGGGGCUCCAGCAACGAGGAGGCGAAGUUGGAGGUCUGAGUCUGUGUCCUGACAUCACAGGAGUGCCAGGAGUCAAGGUGAGUGGGCACAAGACCCCAGUCAUCAUGGUCCCAACGAAUGAGCUCUGCACUUCUGAGGAAGACCUUCAGGGCCAAAUCCAGGCCCAGGGCCCAGUGGAGGUGCAGCUCCUGGGGGCUGAGGCAGAGGAUGCCUCAACCCCUCUGGCCUCCUUCCCUCCAGUCUCAUCUUCCUCUGCAGCCGUGGUUGCGGAGAUCUUGUUCAAGCAGGCUCUGUAUGUGAUGACGACUGAAUUACUGGAAUUCCUGCUCCUGAAGUAUCGCACCAAGGAGCCAGUUUUCCAAGCUGAAAUGCUGAAUACGGUCCUCAGGGAUAACCAGGCCAACUUCCCAGUGGUCUUUCGUAAAGCUACACAGUGCCUGCAGCUGGUCUUUGGCCUAGAUGUGAAAGAGGUGGACCACAGAGAGCACAUCUAUGUCAUGGUCCCCACCCUGGGCCUCACCCUCAAUGAGAUGCAGAGGGAUGGGCAGAGCAUGCCCAAGGCUGGCCUCCUACUGACGGCCCUGAGCAAGAUUGUCCUAGCAGGGGGCCGGAUCCGUGAGGAGAAGAUCUGGGGAGUACUCAGCAGGAUGGGGAUAUUUGCUGGGAUAGAGCACUGCAUCUAUGGGGAGCCCAAGGAGCUGCUGACCCAAGUGUGGGUGCAGGCGGGGUACCUGCAGUACCGUCAGGUGCCUUACAGCCACCCUGCUCGUUACGAGUUCCUGUGGGGUCCCCGGGCCUAUGCAGAGACCAGCAAGCAGCAAGUCAAGGACUAUCUGCGCAGGGUCAAUAGAAGGGGUCCCAGGUUCUUCCCACCCUAG